UUCUUACCACUCUGUGUGUGUUUUCAGAGAGACGCCGGUGUGCAGAGGCUCAGCCGUCACUUCCUGUGGUCAGAGUUCUCCGACGACAGGCGUCUCUUCCAUCAGGAGUUCGUCUUCGACGUCCUGCUGUUCGCUGUGGGCCGCGGCUUCUCCUGGCCGGACGUGGUGCGGGCGGCCGAGCUCGCCAAAAGCCUCUUCCCACAGAUGGACGGUCAGCAAACCCAGCAGCUCACGAUUCCUAUCAACCCGGUUUUUAUUUGCUUCCCAAACCUGACCUCCGUCCACCAGCACGACUUCACGCGUCUCCUCACAGACGGCUGCUUCAGGAGGAGCCGGCUCUUCCAGGCCGUGGCGGGCGGAGCCAAAACCUCCACGGUUCAGAUCCAGCUGCAGGUGGACCUGCCGCCCAUUCCCUGUCCACUAAAUAAGGGUGCUGUGGGGCGGGUUCAGGCUGCCGUCGGGGCCUCUCUGGGCCAGGUGGCGGCCAGCCUGCAGCAGGAGGCCUUUCUGCUCACAGACAUCCUGCAGAUCAAGCUGCAGCUGGCUGCUCCGGCCACCAGGGGGCAGCACAGCCCAUCGCCCACCCAGCCACCAGCCAGAGCUAAAACCAAAGCUAAAGGAGGACUGAAGGAGUCCGUAAAGGCGGCGUGA